AUGGAAAGUAUAAACAAUGAUCUCACCAUUUUACUCUUUUCAUGCAAGAUUUGGCAUGUACUAUCAAAGACCCUAGCUGAGAAGGCUGCUUGGGAAUUCUGUAAACAAAACAACGUUGAUCUCGUUACACUACUCCCCUCUUUCAUCACUGGGGCAAGUUUGCUUCCAGAUUUGUGUUCAACAGCAAAUGAUGUUCUUGGUUUGCUUAAAGGACAGACAGAUAAGUUUGAAUUCCAUGGAAGAAUGGGUUAUGUUCAUAUAGAUGAUGUAGCACUCUCUCAUAUACUUGUCUAUGAGCAUCCACGUGCUCAUGGGAGGUUCUUUUGCAGCUCAAAGGUUCUUGAAAACAAUCAACUUGUCUCAGUUCUAUCAGAGCACUACCCGUCUUUACCUAUUCCUAAAAGGUUUAAGGAACUGGAUCGAACUCCCUAUGAAUUCAACACUUCGAAGCUGGAGGGCUUAGGAAUGAAAUUCAAGUCCACUGAAGAGAUGUUUGAUGAUUGCAUCGCAUUCCUCAAAGAGAGAGGCCUUAUUUCUUCAAUUUAA